AUGGCAGGAGCAAUGGAGGAUGAAAUGUUUCUCCAAGCACUAGAGAUAUAUGAAGCUUCACAGCGCUCCGCAGAACAAGAAGAAAUACUAGUGCAGCCGCAGACUAUUUCUGAUGACGGUCACUUCACUCAACUGAACCUGUGUGAUAGGUUUGUCAAUGUCACUGAAGAGGAUAUUCUUGCCAAGAUAAAAGGAGCCGUACCGCGGACAACGAAGAGGAGUACUGAAUGGGCUGUGUCGGUGUGGCGCAAAUGGAGAGAUUCUAAGAGGCUGGCUUCAGAUUCUGAAUAUCCACCUGAACUAGAUUUUAUUACUAAUGAAGAGGUCAAUCGGUGGUUAGCACAAUUUGUUUUUGAGGUGAGGACACUGAAAGGAGAGGAAUACAGUGGAGAGUCUCUUUAUGGAUUGUGUUCUGGCAUUCAACAUUACAUUAGAGAGAAGAGAAGCGAUCGUAAUGAUGAGCCAAUUGAUAUCUAUAAAGAUCCGUAUCUGGCCCAUUUUAGAAGUAGUUUUAAUGCUGUUUUGAAGGAUUUGCAUUCAAGGGGGAUCGGUACAGUAAAGAAACAAGCCUCAGUCAUUACCAAAGAUGUGGAAAACCAGCUUUGGUUACAGAAUAUUCUAGGAGAUGACACACCCAGCAAGCUUUUAAACACACUUGUUUACUGUUUGGGAGUAAAUCUAGCUUUGCGUAGUGGGCAUGAACACCGUUCAUUAAGACCAGAUAUGUUCCAGUUGGUUGAGCUACCUGAUGGGAGACGCUACUUAGAAUAUAUUGAAUGGGGCUCUAAAAAUAACGCUGGAGGAUUGAGAGACAGAAAAAAUUGUAACAAAUCUGUCAAAAUUUUCCCUAAUGUUGAAAACCCUCAAAGGUGUGUGAUUCGCCUUUAUCAAAAAUAUCUCAGUCUUAGGCCAGAAAAUGCGCCAUCAGAUGCUCUUUAUUUGCAACCAUUGCACAAGCCUCGUCCAGAAUGUUGGUAUCAAUCUAAGGCAGUUGGUCACAACUCUCUUACAGCAACAGUCAAGAAAAUCAUUGAUCAAUUGGGAAUAAGUGGCUACUACACUAACCAUUCUCUUAGGAGAACAUGUGUCACAAGGCUUUAUCAGAGUGGUGCAGAAGAGUAUGAAAUCAUGAAGGUGUCAGGGCAUUGCAGUAAGGAUGGUGUAAGAGCUUAUAAAGAAAUGUGUCUCAAGCAGGAAGAGAAGAUAAGUAAGAAGCUACAAUUGGUAUCUGAAAAGGAUGAAGAAGAGGAGCCAGUGUUUAAGAAGCCUUGUGUAUUUCAGUCUCAAAGUCAAAAGCCUACACAACCUGUGUAUAACUUCAGUAAUUGUACUGUAUCUUUUACAAACAAUUGA